AUGAACAAGAAACCUUCAAAGAAUCAGGAUUCCAAGAAGACAUCCUCAAGUCCUAAAAGCCAGCAGCAAUCUUCAAGAAAACAAAACAGAAAAGGGGAAAUCCCAAUUCGAAUUCCACCAAUCACAAACCCAUGUUCCGAUUCCAGAUGCUCAAGCACAUGGAUCUGCAGAAACUCCGCCUGUAGAGCUACACUCUCCAUUGUCGACACCUUCUGCAAGCGUUGUUCAUGCUGCAUAUGCCAUUUAUUCGAUGACAACAAAGACCCAAGUCUUUGGUUACAAUGCACAUCAGAAUCCGAUUCCCUUUCCGUUUCCCAAUCAGCAGAAUCAUGUGGCUUAUCUUGCCACAUCGAGUGCGCCCUCCAGCGUCGCAAGGUAGGCGUCGUUGACCUAGGUCAACUCAUGCAGCUCGACGGAAGUUAUUGUUGCGCUUCAUGUGGGAAAAUCUCAGGGAUACUUGGAUACUGGAAGAAACAGCUCACGAUUGCUAAAGACGCCCGCCGUGUCGACAGCCUCUGCUACCGGAUUUAUUUAAGCUUCCGCCUCUUCGAUGGCACAUCAAGGUUUCACGAACUUCACGAAAUAGUCAAAGAAGCAAAGAUCAAAUUGGAAACCGAGGUGGGACCACUCAGCGGUGUCUCCGCCAAGAUGGCACGUGGCAUCGUUAGCAGACUCUCCGUCGCCAGUGAAGUCCAAUCACUCUGUAACACCGCCAUUCAGAAAGCCGAUGAAAUUUCCUCCACCGUUUCUCUCGCAGCGCUAGAUAUUAAAGAAGGUUCUCUCCCCGCUGCUUGCAAGUUCAUCUUCGAAGAAGUAACACCUUCUUCCGUAGUUCUCGUUUUAAUCGAACUAUCUACAGCUUCAUGUAGCGAUAUAAUCGGAUUCAAAUUUUGGUACUCUAAAACGACAGAAGAAACACACACAAACUCAAAAGAUCCCGUUUCAACUUUUCCUCGAUCUCAACGACGAAUCCUGAUUUCAAACUUACAGCCGUGCACCGAAUACUCGUUUAGGAUCGUGUCCUACACAGAAGCCGGCGAUUUAGGACACUCGGAGGCCAAAUGUUUCACUAAAAGCGUGGAAAUCCUUCACAAAAAUCCCGAUUGUGUUACGAUUCCUCACUACGAAGGAACCUCCGGCACCAAAGACGUCGAAUCCGACUCCGGAUUUAAAGUCCGUGACCUCGGGAAAAUCCUCCGGUUAGCUUGGAUUGAAGAACGAGGCUACCUAGAUGAUAUAACCGGUUCGGAUCUGAGUCGACUCAGUCAGAUCAUGAAACCAGAAACUUUAAAACCCGAUGAACCUCCGUCUACUACUUCACGUGCGCUCGACUUGAACGUCGCUACAGUUCCCGAUUUGAACGAAGAGUUGGCUCCGGUAAACGAGUCGUCUAAUGCUGACGUGGAUCACGGUAGCGGCGGAUCUGAAAACUGGGCGCAUCCUCAUGGGGCGAAUGGGAAUGGGGAAGUGCCAACUGUGGAGUCGCGUGCUGACGUGUCUCGGAAGAGGCCAGGUAGGACAGAGGUGAAUGAUUGCGAUACGAACAGUGCGAGUGCGUUGAUAAACAUGUCACCGGGUGAUUUGGAUGGAAAUUUUGAGUACUGUGUGAAGAUGAUUCGCUGGCUGGAAUGUGAAGGGUAUAUAAAGCAAGAGUUUAGGUUAAAACUGCUGACGUGGUUUAGUUUGAGGUCAACGGAACAGGAAAGGAGAGUGGUCAACACUUUUAUACAAACACUUGUGGAUGAUCCCAGUAGCUUAGCUGGACAGUUGGUUGAUUCGUUUGCUGAUAUUAUAAACAACAAGAGGCCUAGAAAUGGGUUUUGCAGUAAACUGUGGCAUUAAGAGGGACAAACAAAGUUGUCAUUGGUGAUCGUUUUAGCUCAUUUCUUGGUAUAUCCAUUUUUUCAAAUGCUAGAGCAGGACACCCUCGUAAUUUCGUAGCCAUUUGAAUCAAUUUAUCAAGUUUAUUCGUCAUUUUACAAUUUACAUUUCGGAGGUAUUUGUUUCAUUAUGUAACCAACGUAUGUGGUCGGUUUUACCUUGUGUUAGUCAC